CCUAGAGGGACAAAGGAAUAGAAGACAUAAAAAAGAAGUUAUCCAUAAAUCAAAUUUCGCUGUCUAAGUUUUGUUUUGCAUACCCGGCAGUCUAGUUUCCCAUGCAUAUCUUCUCAUUAUUGUUAAUAUUAUUAUUGUUAUUAUAGUUGUUCUAAGUUUAUCAUUACGGUAGGCUAAUAUUUGAUUUGAAUGGAAGCGCAACCAGCUCACCGGCGGGAGACCCCGAAGCGCAAACACAGGAUGAUUUGAAACUAAACAGUGACGUAAUUUUGCUACGCGCUUCCGUAGCAACCCAGAUCUGAAUGUGCGAUUUUUACUCAUCCUUUCAUAAACAUUAGGUUUAAGAAUAAGACAUGUCUAAAUUGGAACAAAUACUUGUCCUUGACCCACCAUAUGACCUAAAAUUUAAAGGUCCGUUCACAGACGUGGUGACCACCCACCUGCGUCUGUGGAACCCAUCUGACAGGAGAGUAUGUUUCAAGGUGAAGACCACAGCUCCACGGCGCUACUGUGUCCGACCGAACAGUGGGAUGCUGGAACCGGGAGCCAGCAUUGCUGUCUCAGUCAUGUUGCAGCCCUUCGACUAUGACCCCAAUGAGAAAAGCAAACACAAGUUCAUGGUCCAGACAGUCUUCAUGACUCCCAGCUCCUCAGACACAGAGGCAGUGUGGAAGAAUGCCAAGGCUGAUGACCUGAUGGACUCCAAGCUCCGCUGUGUGUUUGAGUUGCCCUCAGACAACAACAGACAGAUGAGAUUGGCUACAGCAGGUCACACCCCCAAGCUGAGCAGUAGGCAGUAUGGCGGCAGUGCAGCGACCACUCCAGGAGAGUACUGCACCCCUCUGAGCAGCCAACACCACCUGACCUCUGACCUCCUGGAGUGCAGCAAGUGGCAGUCCGAGGUUGACGCGAGCAGAGCCACACCCCUUCUCAGCUCCAGGUCGGACAGCUGCUCCACCUCGCGGCCCAGUGGGGCCCCUCUGGACCAGCCAGACAUGAGGAGGCUGGUGGAGGAGUGUAAGAGGCUGCAGACAGAAGUGGGGAAGCUCUCUGAUGAGAACCGACAGCUUAAGGACGAUGGGGUGAGGAUGAGGAGGAGCCACCGGCCAGACAACACAGUCCUUAACUCUGCCUCCCUGGCGAGGAGAGACCAUGGCUCCAGCUCCUUGCCCUCCCUCCUGGUGGUCAUAGCAGCUAUCUUCAUCGGUCUCUUCCUGGGAAAGUUUGUUCUGUGAGGAGGGGCAGAAUUCGUCCCUGGAGCGAAAGUGAUGGAGAGAAGAGGGUGUGACCUGCCAGUGUACAUGUUCACUGUAACCAGUUAUCAACAGGCCCCGCCUUUUCAAUGCCAUGGUUAUGACACACCAGUGGGAACAACUUGUGGUUGGUUCUCCCUCUUAUGUUCCUGUUUUGAUGGGGGAGAGGAACUGGACAUUGAUCACAUGAUCAUGGCCACGACUGUAGGCAAUUCAACGUCCUAAGUUAACAAAGAAACAAAUGAUUGAAACCAACGAUUCUUUGGUUCUAAAAGUUGGAAUUGUCACUUUCUGUUAUGGUGUCUCCUGUGUUCAAAUUAUUUUAAAGAACCGUGAAACCCAGAGACUCACUAGUCCGAACUCUGAUCUGCUCUCGGGUCUGGAGGAGGAAGUCGGUUUGGAAAUGUGUUCCUCCACUCAUGCAUGUGUCUGGUUCUUUAUGCUACUCUCAAAUGCACAUUGUUUUUCUUUACCUAGACAUUCCAACUUCAUGAGGCAGAUGUUACUGUGCUGUCACAUGGUAUUUAAAGUUGAAAUAAAGAUCUGCCAUUCUUGUA